AUGGAGCACGUUUUAUUGGCAGACAACCUCACUUCCAAUUCACUUGACUGGAAGAAAAGGAUUGAAAUUGCUUUGGCCACUGCAAAAGGCCUAUCUUAUUUGCAUGAAGAGUGCUUGGAGUGUGUUUUACGCUGCAAUGUAAAACUUGAAAACAUAUUCCUAGACUCUAAUUAUGAACCAAAGGUUGCAGAUUUUGGCCUGUCCUUAUUACAAAGCAGAGGAGAACCCAACAAUCCGAGUUUCUCGAGGAUGAGAGGAACCUGUAAAUACAUGGCUCCGGAGUGGGUAUUUAAUGUGCCCAUCACCUCCAAAGUAGAUGUUUAUAGCUACGGGAUUGUUGUGUUGGAGAUGGUGACCAGAAAAGAUGCAGCAAAGGGUGUUCAUGACAUAGACAGUGGACAGCAGACACAGCACAAAGGGCUUGUUUUGUGGGUGAGGGAAAAGAAGAAUAGGGUGGCUUUUACUAAGUCCUGGCUUGAAGAGAUCAUAGAGCCAAGCUUAAAAGGCAAAUAUGACAUAUGA